AUGUCGACAAGAGAACGUCUUGCUGUUGUCGCUGCCUUUGCUGGAGCAGCUUCUUGUCUUGUCCGCAUGCAGAGUAGCGAGCAUGCACUGCGGGUGCAGGAGUCCAACGCAAAGGGGCGUGAGACGCUUCCGCCCAUCCAUCAUCACGCAUCCAUCCACUGGCCGCAGUCGCAUGGCAUGGCAUGGCCUGGCCUGCCCAGUGCCGCCAUGGCUGGCGCAGCUGGUGCUUGUGCUGGUGCUGGUGCUAUUGCUGCUAUUAUUGCUGCUGGUUCCAGUCUGCCGUUUGCCGCCCACCUGGCUCCCUGUCUCCCUGCCUCCCUGCUUCCCUACGCAACCAAGUGCGCUGGAAUGCGCUACAACACGGCGACGACGACAACCAAGACGGGGCCCAGCUGCUGCGACACACGGCGUCCCCUUUUCGCAGCCGCCAUGGACGCGUCUGCUCUCCAACGCUCCGUGCCAGAGUAG